CGUACAAAUUACAUAUUUUGUCAUCUACUACAUCGACAACAACGGUAGGUGCAAGUGACAUUUUUAAACCUUUCUUCAACAAAUGGUCUAAUUAAGUGACUCGGAACUGACCCAGAACCCAGACAGUUUGAAAAACCCAGUAGCUCAUUCCAAGUAGACUGCUGCGGAAAUACUAUAAUACUAACACUGCCUGAAAUGAAACUUAAUUUGGUUCAAAAAAAUUUAAUAAUGAAAUUUAAGAAAAUCGAACUACGUUCUCAACAAACUUCAAAUAAGGCUGCUCAUUGCAUGGUCUUAUAAAUAGAACAUUCCAUCUCAACUCAAAACACAAACCACCAUCUUCCACAAAAAACCAUAAACCAUGAAGAAUAUUCCUUCCAUCUCAACUCUCUCACUCACUCUUCUUCUCAUCUUCUCAUGCGCAUCUGCAGCAGAAGCAGCUUCUGCUGCCGAUGCGCAUGAGCAUUUCCUGGAAUGCCUCUCCCACGAAUCCAUGAACAACACCUACUACGACAACGACGUUCACCCCACAAACAGUGCAUCCUUCGCCUCCGUUCUCGAAUUCUCCAUCAGAAACCUGAGGUUCGCGUCGGAAUCUACGCCGAAGCCGCAGGUGAUCAUAACCCCGGAGCACGAAUCCCAGAUCCCGCCGGUCAUCUACUGCGCCAGAAAGACCGACACGGAGAUCAGAGUCCGGAGCGGCGGCCACGACUUGGAGGGGCUGUCGUACGUCUCCCAGAACCGGUUCGUGAUCAUCGAUUUGAUCAAUCUCAGCGAGAUCAGAAUCAAUGUGGAAGAGAAAACCGCGUGGGUCGAAUCCGGCGCCACGCUCGGCUCUUUAUACUACAGGAUAGCGGAGAAGAGCUCCACCCUCGCAUACCCCGCCGGCCUCUGCCCGACCGUCGGCAUCGGCGGGCAGUUCAGCGGGGGCGGCGAGGGCACAUUGCUCAGGAAGUACGGCCUCGCCGCCGACAACAUCAUCGACGCCAGAAUCGUCGACGUCGAGGGCAGGAUCCUCGACAGGAAGUCGAUGGGGGAGGAUCUCUUCUGGGCCAUCCGCGGCGGCGGCGGCGCCAGCUUCGGCGUGAUCGUCUCCUGGAAAAUCCAGCUGGUCGACGUGCCGGAAAAGGUCACCGUCUUCACCGUGAACAGGGCGUUGGAGCAGAACGCGACGCAGUUGAUUCAACGGUGGCAGGAGGUGGCGCCGGAGCUCGACCGGGAUCUGUUCAUCGGAAUAUUCUUCUUCGGGCUGAGCUCCGCCGUGACCGGGGCCAACCCCACCAUCCUCGCCUCCUUCUUCUCCCUUUUCCUCGGCGACGUCGACAGGCUACUCCCGAUGCUGGAAGAGAAAUUCCCGGAGCUGGGCGUUACAAGAAAAGACUGCGCCGAGAUGAGCUGGGUCGAGUCCACCUUAUACUUCGCCGCCGCCCCCAUCAUCCCGCCGCCGGAGCCGCUGCCGCUCGAGUUUCUCCUGAACCGGACCCAACCCGGUCUGAGGCUCCUCAAGAUGAAAUCCGACUACGCCGUGAAACCUAUCUCCGCGGAGGCGCUUGAAGGUCUCUACACGAUGAUGUACGAUUCGGAGGCGGCGGAGUCCUUCGAGCUCAUGCUCCCAUACGGCGGCAGAAUGUCGGAGAUUCCGGAAUCCGCCAUUCCUUUCCCCCACAGGAAAGCUUACAUGUUCAAAGUCGCGCUCACGGUGGCGUGGAAAGACAGCCUAGCGCAGGAUUCCGACAAGUACAUAAGCUGGAGCAGAAGGUACCACAGUUACAUGACUCCAUACGUCUCCAUGAAUCCGAGAGCGACGUAUUUCAACAACAGAGAUCUCGACAUCGGAGUGAACAACGCCGACGGCAACACGAGCUACGCGCAGGCGAGCGUUUGGGGCGUCAAGUAUUUCGGCGACAACUUCGAUCGUCUUGUUCGGGUGAAAGGCGAGGUGGAUCCGCACAAUUUUUUCAAGAAUGAACAGAGCAUUCCACCGUGCGGCAAGAAAGAAGAUUGAGAUAGAUAUAUUAUUCUUCCGACAGCAUCAUCGCCCACUUGAUCGAUUUCGAUUUCAUUAAGGUGGCGUAGUAAUUAAUUACACGAUGUUAGUUAUUAUUUUCCCGGCAAUAAUGUUUUAAUUUAUUUACUCCUUUUUUUUUUUGCACUAAUUGAAAGUUGUUCUACUUUUUGAGUGGAUGUAAUGAGAAAUUGAGAGUGCAAGAUAUUUGUGAAUGAAAUGUUAUUUUACGUGGCAUUCCACGUAUUCUCUC